UCGAGAACCUCUCACUCUCUCAUCACCACGUGCAGUGGAAGAGUUGUGUCUGCUUACUCGUGUUAUUGGUUCGUCUGCUCGAAACAGUUCCGCUGCUUAUAGAGCGCCGAAUAUUUGGAAUUAUUGAUUUUAAUUUAUCGUUUGGCUUGGAAUACGAGUAAAACUGAAGGAGAAUUCUAUAAAUUUGGAACAAGUUUGCCUUCUGCGAUAAGCCUCUAAAAAAUACAUUUGAUUUUAAUAUACUUUCAUGUAAAUUAAGUGAAGGUUUGAAGUAACUGAAUUAUUCUGGUUUGAAGUAACUGGAUUAUAUAUUUUAUGAAAAGUGUGCUAUGACUCAAUGAUUAUGAUGGGAAUCUUACGAGAUGGUUGGUGUUUUGUGUCAUUUGUGGCUUUGGUAGUUUCGGCAAUUUUUUCUCCCAUGACGGUUGUAAAAGCCAUCUAAAGAUUUGAUUGGUUAAUUGAAUUAUGCGGAGACGAUUAUAUCUGAAGUACACGAUUAUUGGUGCAAUUUUACUCGUCAUUUAUUCCCCAUACUCAGUUCUUUCGGAGAUCUUCCUCGAAGCCAUGGUGGACACGAGCAUCAAAAUGCCUUGCAGCGUCCUGCAGAAGACGGAUGAUAAUGUCGAGUUCAUCUUUUGGUACAAGAAUGACGGCGUCAACGCUUUCUACACCCUGGACGCCCGAAGUAGACCACUGGGCGAAGCUUCCCACGUCCGGAACGAGACUUACGGUGACAGAGUCAGGUUUUAUGUGACAGCUGCACAACCCUACCUUCAACUGGACUCACUGAAGGCAGAAGACUCCGGUGCGUACUUCUGCCGCGUUGACUAUCAAUGGUCAGCGACUGAACUGACAAAGGUCAAUUUGGUUGUCAUAGUUCCCCCCAAGAAGCUCAUAAUCCGGGAUGAUUCCGGCCAGGAAGUCCGGGAUGUGGCCGGACCCUACAGAGAAAGGUCAACGAUCUCUUUGUCCUGCGAGGCUCAGAAAGGUAUUCCGGCACCAAACGUGACGUGGUGGCGCGACAAUAAGCUGUGGGACAACACUUUCCAGAAGUACUCUACAGGGGUGCUGAACGACAUGAAGCUCGUCAAUCUGAACCGAUCCGACCUCUUCGCUACAUUCCACUGCAAAGCACAAAACACCAAGCUCACCUCCCCCGUCGUACGGACCAUCGUCCUCGACAUGUACCUUUACCCUCUGACAGUCCGUAUCACCAGCCGGCUCAGUACGUUGGCGGCCGGACGACGCGUGGACCUUGCUUGCGAGACGCAAGGCUCACGUCCUUCCGCUAAAAUAUCCUGGUGGCUGGACGGCAGUCCCCUCUCCGAUCAUAUCGAAACCGUCCACGACAACAUCACCUCCUCUGUCCUGCACCUGCAGCCCAAACCCCAGCACAACAGGUCUCCACUCUCCUGCAAGGCACAGAACCCCAAGCUCUACGACAGUAUUUUGGAAGACGUGAGAGUGCUCAAUGUAACAUAUAUACCUCAAGUGUCCCUCCGCCUGAUUAAAGAAGAAGAUGGCCGUCAACCCAAAGAAGACGAUUACGUGCGUUUGGUGUGCGAAAUCCGCGCUAAUCCCCCAGUGAUGAAGGUGGGCUGGCUGUUCAACGACCAACCUCUUUCCCACAACCAGUCCAAGACGGACAUCGUCAGCGGGAACACGCUGGUGUUCAAACGCCUCACCAGACGAAAUAGGGGAAGCUAUAAGUGCUACGCCAUCAACGACGAAGGUCGCGGUCUCAGUCAAGAGCUUGUUUUGAACAUAAGCCAUGCCCCUGUGUGCAAGGAGAACCAGCAAAUCACUUACGCUGUCGCCUUGAACGAGAGUGUCACUGUGCGCUGCGAGGUGGAAGCCGAACCCACAGAUGUCACAUUCAAAUGGGAAUUCAGCAAUACAGUUCACAAGCACUACAAUCUGCAGCAUAAAGCAAAAGGGGUGGUGAGCACGGCUAUCUACACCCCUGUGACCCCUGCAGACUACGGAACUUUGUUCUGCUGGGCCAACAACAGCAUCGGACACCAACAGUCAUCCUGUUUCUUCACAGUCAUCGCACCAGCAUGUAAGACUGAAAAUGUCAAAUUAAAUGCAUCCAGUUUAUCUAGAGAUGGCAGCGAGGAGGUAUGGAACCACUCUGCUAUCACAACUGGUGCAGGUGUCAUGGCCUUUGUCUUGGUCAUCACGGCUGCUUGCAUCUUCUACUUCAGAAGGAUCUAUUUGGAAAGAAAGCAUCGUGGGCCAAUGGGGCCGAUUUUGGAAGAGGAAAUCAGCAUCUACAGCAGGGCGCAAUAUCAUAACAAUGGACCUCAGCCCCACAUACUCAUCACAAAGUAAGCAGAAAAGUAAGGUUCGGAUGACCCACACUUCUGCGAGACGAAGUAUUGCACCGAACUGCUCAAAGAAAUGGAUGUUUAUCAAGUUGUUCCGAUGUGCGGCUGCUGCGAAAUGAGACUCUGCAAUUCUGUGAUUCGUAUUCAUUUUCAUUCAAGUGUUGUACAUAAGAAUAGGUGUCUGUUGUGUUUUGGUGUGCGGAGCAAGACAGGGGAGGUUGAUAUUUUAUUGUCAAAGAAACU